AUGGAGUACUCCGUUGCGGGAGAGACUAUAACGCCCGAAGAGUUCGAGGCGGGAGAAUGGGCCUGGGUUUUGCGGGCUCAAGAUAGAUUCAAGAAAUCUGUAUACGGGAACCAUCCCGAGAGUAAGCCUAGCGAGAAGCAGGCAGGCAGCGACGGGCGCCAGACGCACGGAGCAGAACAAGUCAAGCGCGGGAAAGCGCCGGUGUGGAAGAAACGGGGACCGUUUCUGAAGAUGCCAGCGAAGGACUUCAAGGUUGCGUGCCGACCCAAGAAUUGGGACUUGAGUAUGGUAACGUCGAGGGAACUCGGAUAUGCCUUGAGAGCGGCAGCGGAGCUGACGAAUGCGACUGCGGCGGAGGAAGACCUGGUGCGGGUCAACGAGACGAAUAACACGAUGACGGAUCAUCCUGCACCACCGGAAGGAGAGCCGCUGACCUGCACUCCAGACUGCAUCGUGUGCCAUGGGGCGCACAACACGGGGAGCCGGAACUGCAAGUUUCGUCUAGCCCGUAAGCAGCCGACGGGCCUGCAGCAGGGCAGUGAGGACAACGGCCUAACUGAGAAGGAGGAGCGGCGCUCGAGGCCCAGGAAGCGGUCAUCCAGUGGUGCGAGAGACGAUAACAAGAGCAGGGACCGGUCCACUUCCUUCCCACCACUGCCCGGACCCGAGCGUGGCAAAGGAGAACAGGGUUCCAGUCAUGGAAGAAGUCCCAGCGCCACGAGAAAAAAGGUGAGCUGGCCCUACGUGGCCUCCCAGAGUGAGACUGCUCGAGAGAAGGAGCUACAAAGGCAGGUGCAGCAGCAGGCUGAGACGAUUAAAAAGAUGGAAGUCAGGAUGGCAGAGAUGGAACGCGCGCUUAAAAGCGACAAAGGACAAAGGGUACAGACGCCGGUGGUCCAGGCCCCACUGAAAGCGGCACAGGCGACUGCUUCUCGCGAGAGCGAGAGCACAGCUAUGGAGGUGGAGAAUUGGGGGAAGCUUAAGAGGCCGCCAUCGGCGGAUGAGGGAGCUAAUGCAAAAAGAGUGGCAGAAACUUCAACGGCGGACACGCCGCAGCCAGUCGUUAAAGUCACUAGUCUUAGGGGGGAAAUGUCUGCCCUUGCGGACAGAAUAGGAAAACUGGAGGAAAGACAGGAUAGGUUGGAAGCUCGGGUCGACAGGAUCGAAGCCAGACUAGACAAGAUUGAGGAGCGUCUUGACGCCUUCACCAAUGACAUGCGGGCUUUCCAAACACAGCGCUGUGUGCGCACCUGGCACGAGCCACCACCACGAGGACAAGCAGAAGAAGAAGCCGUCACCUGCGGCGAGCCUGGAAGCCGCGAAGCCGCACCUUCUCCCGAGGCCGCCGCCACCAUGCUGACGUAUGCCGAGUCUACGGACUCCCGACGCCGGCAUUUUCCCAACCGACUCCUCUGGAGCUAUGUGGCGCCAGUGUUCCUGUCGCCCAUGCUCGUACUGUCCGAAAACCAGGGGGCGAUGCGGUACGUGUACUGCGCUUGCCUGAUGGCCGUGUACUGGGUGUUGGAGAGCGUGCCCUUCGUGGCCACCUCGCUGCUGCCGCUCCUGAUGCUGCCCGUCUUGAACGUCAUGCCGCCGGGAGACGUGGCCAGCGGAUACGUUUCGGAGCCGGUGCUGUCGCUGUUCCUGGGCCUGAGCUUCGCCCUGGCCCUCCGCCACGGCACCAGCCUGUACACGCGGGCCUCGUUCGCGCUGCUCCAGGGCUUCGGCACCAGGGUGCGCUCGCUGGUGCUGGGCUUCCUCGUCUGCACGCUGCUGCUCACGCAGGCGCUGGGCGCCAGCCUCACCGCCGUGCUCAUGGUCUACACGGUCGAGUGCGCCAUGGCCGAGGUCCAGAACGACGUCAUCCGCGAGGAGCAGUUCAAGGCCUACGCGCAAAAGUUCAGACGCCGCUUCUCGAGCGGCGUGGGCCUCCUGGGUAACAACAAGAGGACGCCAAGCGAGGACCGCCUCGUCGCUUCUCGGAUGAACAGGCUCGUCGAGCAGCGGGAAAGGUUUCAGUCGAGGAGUUCGAGAGCUGCUCCAUCGUCGCCCAGCGAUGAGGACGGAUACAGCUUCAUGGGGACCGGGCCGAUGCCCGAACCACGUGCCUUCGCCGUGGCGAUCGACAGUCCACCGGAUAAGGGCAAGAAGAAGAAAGGAGGUCGACGGACUCCUUCAAAGGCAGCCGGCACCCUGAGCGUGGGUUCGGUCACGCCACAACCGCCGUCGGACCGCUAUUCCUUGGUGGCCAGCACGCCCUCGAGUGUGAGAAUGUACUCGGACGUCAGCUCAGAUGUCGCCGCUGUGCGUUCCGCGCCGUCGACGGACCGAGGCCUACCGCUGCAGCAGCAGCAGCCGUCGACCAGCAAGACUCCGGCCGGCUCCAUCGCCGAGAAGUUCAAACAGCGGGGAACCGUGCACAUGAACCUGAACCUGAACAGCGUCCCCGGGCCUCUACAGGCGGGCAACAGGGCAGCGCUUAUACCGACGCCCACGUCGCGAAUGGCGUCCGUGGACGCCAUGUCGCCACUAGACCCGGACCUCCGGAGAGCCGCCAUGCGCGACCGCAAGAUCUCCAUCUACGAGCGCGGCAAGAAGUUGCGGCCGGGCGAGGACGACCUCAGUGUGGCCGCCAGCGCGCUCGAGCCGAAGAAGCAGUCCCGAAAGAAGAGCUCCAUAUUUGGCGGCAUCCGGGAGUUCAUCAAACGACGAUUCACGACGAGCACCUACGUGGACAGCAGCUACCUCCAAGAGCGGAUUGCCUGGGAGAAAGAGAGGUACACCGCCAUUCAGAAGGAUCUGCUCAUCGGCAUCGCCCUGACCGCCAGCGUCGGCUCCAUCACCAGCUUCCACGGGAACGACAGCAACAUCCUCCUCGGCAAGUACUACGCCAACACCGGUGACCGCAAGGACCUGACUACGACGCGAUGGCUGCUGGUCACCCUACCAGUCGCCGCCAGCGCUGUGGCCUUCGCCUGGAGCCUCCUCUUGACGGGAUACCUGGAACGCUACGAUGCCGAUGAGGACGAGGACGCCAGAUACGCCAUCAGCCACGUGCUCAAACACAAGUACUACGAGAUCAGCUCCUUCAGGCAAGUCCUGCUAAAUUAUUGCGGUCAUUGCCCUUGCACUGAGUACUUUGGCUACGACGGUGCCCGCGGCGGGCCAACAGCGCGCUGCGGCUGUCGCAACGCUCAUUGGCUGAAAGCACCGCCUCAGGCAGUCUGGGACUGUGAGGGACAGAUGAUCGAAGAGGCCCAGAGCGUAUGA